CGAAUUGACCACCAUGGUUCGCUUCACCGCCACUAUAACCACCACCAUCCACCAUCGUCUCCGGCGACAAAUUCGAACUUUUGUGAACGCAAGGGUAAAAUGGGUACGAGAUCCAUACCUGGAUACAGCAGUAGAGAAGGAGAAAAACCUCAAGUCAUUACUUUCUCUCAAGAACUUAAUCAUCUCUCACCCAUCAAAAGCUCCUCCUCUUCGCACCAUUUCCCCUCUAAAACCCCAACUGAAUCUUCCCACAACCGCCCUCAAAUUCAUUCAGAAUUACCCUUUUGUUUUCAAAACUUUCAGACCUCCAAUACCCUUAUCGACAUUACACGUAAAGCUCACUCCAAAUGCAGAAUCAUUACACAAUGAUGAGACCCUUUUUCUUAAUCUUUCACAUUAUCGAAAAGAUUUAGCGCAAAGAUUAGCGAAGUUAUUGAUGCUCACAAGAGCUAAUAGACUUCCUUUCUAUGUUAUCAACAAGUUUAAAUUUGAUUUGGGUUUGCCUCAUGAUUAUUUGUUGAGUUUUUUACCUGAAUUUCCUGAGUAUUUUCAGAUUUGUCAAAUGGGUUUUAAGGGUGCUGAUGGUCGUGAGGUUUUCGGGUUGGAGUUGGUUAAAUGGAGGAAGGAUUUAGCUGUUUCUGUAGUGGAGAAAAGGGAGGAUUUUGGGGGUGGGAAAAGAGUGCACAUUAGGUAUUCGAUGAAUUUACCAAGAGGGUUUGAUUUGCAGAAGAAGGUGAAAAUUUGGGCUGAGGAGUGGCAGAAUUUGCCUUACAUUUCACCUUAUGAGGAUGCAUUUCAUUUGGCUCCUAAUAGUGAUCAAGCAGAGAAAUGGACAGUAGGGGUUAUUCAUGAACUGUUAAGCUUUCUUAUAUCGAAGAAGACGGAGAGGGAGAAUAUUUAUUGCUUGGGAGAUCAUCUGGGAUUUGGAAUAAGGUUUAGAAAAGCUUUAGUGCAUCAUCCUGGUAUAUUUUACUUGUCGAAUAAAAUCAGGACGCAUACUAUAGUUUUGAGGGAGGCGUUUAACAAGAACAUAUUAGUUGAAAAACAUCCAUUGAUGAGAAUGAGGUAUGAGUACAUCAGUCUCAUGAACAAAGUGUUGAGAAGGGGAAUUCCAAUCAAUGCUGGAGCUCUUAGGCACAGGAGGCGGCUGGCUUCUGUAAAAGCAGCCAACAGCAAGAGGAUGAAACAAGUUAAAAGUAUAGAGCCUAAAGAAGAUUGAUAAUGUGAAUGAUAACUUGAUGAUCAUGCAUUAUGUUAUAAAGGCUUGUGUAUUGAUGGAUUUGUCUAUCGGUGAUUCACUAAAUGUUGGUCGAAACUUGCAGGGAUAUACAGGGGAAAGCAAGGGAAGG